CCCAGAAAGUGGGGUUAAAAUCGCUAUCGCAAUCCCAGAUCCCUAUAGAGAAAGAAGAAGCAGAAUUAUACAGUUUAUUUUGCAUAUUUUUAAGCGGGUCUAUAAUUCGCCCAGUCAAUGAAUUUAAGGGUGGAAAACGUUAUUGCAUUCAUUUAUGUUAAAAUGAGAUAAAACAAGUAAUAAGAUGAGCAAGCCCUACUGUAAAACAAUAAUCAAUAUGCUUCUCUAAAACGUAAUAUAGCAUGCAACCCAUAUUAAAUAUUAUUUAGCCGUGCGUGAGAAUUUGCAUAUGUACAUAUGUAUGUAUGUCGGUUCUCUCUCUUUAAAUUUAAUCUGCUAAAAAUGUCAGAUUUCAAAAGGUCAAAUCGUUAUCUGUAGAGUUAAAAGUAAAAUCAAACUAAUAAGUACUUUGCUAAAAAAAUUUGAUUUGCUUGCACAAAGCUAGUGAAUUCAACAGUGCCAAAUACUUUCGGUACUUUAACAUUUCAAAGUGCUCGGCAAUUUGGAUUCGGUGUCAAGAGGUUAGGAAACUCAGGCCCGUGAGCACGUAGCAGGAAAACCCAGUAGUACAAGGAACAGAAAAACCGCCUGGAGCAACAAAGGACAGGAAGAGCAGGCACACAGAGUCUAGAAAAGGGGAAAGCGGAGGACAGCAGGCCAGGAUGGGCGACUAUCACGAGUUCACGGACCAAUACAAGGUGCCGGUGAUAGCGAAGCUACUUCACGCCCUGCCCCACUACAACAUCACGUUCCACAAGAUCAACAGCACGUUCCGGCCCAACGAUGAAAUCUACUUGGAGAGUCUUGGCAUUUUGGGUUCAGUUCCGGCAGCUCUGCUGAUCGUCUCGCUGCUGGGACUGCUCUUCUAUCUGAUGACCCGCUGCUGCGACCGGAAGCCCCGGCCAGCCCACUCGAUCACCAGCCUGAAGGUUGCCCUGUCCAUCGUUACGGUCAUGUGUUGUGCGGCAAUUGGAUUGGGAUUGUAUGGCAACGAUGAUCUGCACAACGGUCUGCUCGAAGUGCUAACGGCCGGCAGAAAGGUGGACAACCUGGUCACAACCAUCCGGAACCAGACGCACAUCCUGGAAAAUACGCUAACGAAUCGAAUUCGCCCACAAUUGGUGGAACUGGCGGAUAUAUUCGAUCAGCCGGUGUCGAAUCAAACGGCUCUCUCGAAACUCUUUGUAUCGCUCAAUAUUGUCCAGGGAAAUGUUACCUUGGCCACAAAUGCGGCCAGUGACAUCCGUCGACCCCUGAUGGGCAUCUCCAUGACGCACUUUUUGACGCGCGGCGACCAAUGGGAACUGAUUCGUUGGCCGGGCACGGUGGCCACUUUGGCAUUGCUUCUUGUCCUGUGCGCUGUACUUCUUGUGGGCGUGGCCCGGCACUCACGCUGCGCCCUCAUCCUGUUCAGCGUCUGCGGCCUACUGGCCGUCACUGGUUCCUGGCUGAUGUCCGGUCUCUAUCUCUCCUCCUCGGUGGCUGUCGGCGAUCUGUGCAUCUCACCAGCGGAUUUUCUGGUAUCUGCUGCACCCCGAGACCUGCCCACCAAUGUCCUGUUGCACUACACCCAAUGUGAGCCGGGACACACGAAUCCGUUUACCCAGCGACUGAGGGAAUCACAGAAUUCGUUGAACAAUGCCCGCAGCGCCAUGGCCACGGUUAUGAAGAUAUCACUGGUGCUCUUCAAGUCAUCGGGCUUGCAACCGAAGUUGGGUGCUGUGAAUGCGGAUUUGAAUAGCAGUGAGAGAUUGCUGACCCAAUUGACGGCACUUGUGGACUGCAAGGCGGUGCAUCAUAACUUUUUGGCCGCCGCCCGUGGACUUUGCGAGGGAGGACUACUGGGAUUGGUUCUGAUGCUGAUAGCCAGCUUCAUUGCGGCCAUUUUGCUGACCAUUAUGGUUUGGGUGGAUUCGCAUACUUGGAUCUAUAUACGCAAGCGGAACGAUUACGCCCAGGUGGAUGAACCGUCGUAUAUUUCUCAUCCGGCACCACAGAAUCACCAGCAGAUGAUGAAUGCGGCCAGGACAUUGCCACGCAAUCAUAAUGGGCACUUCAGUCCGCCGGUGAUCAGUGGCUCCCACACGCUCCAGCAUCCCAGCAAGCGGCAGCAGCACGAGAUGAUGGCCCACGCCCACAUCCAGCAGAACAUGCGCGCCAUGGGCACCCACACGCUCGGCCGUCUGCCGUCGCACAACCACAGCCCCACCCACAUGACCGGUCCCAAUAAUGCAGCAGCAGUCGCAGCAGCAGCAAACGCCGCCGCCAAUUUGCCGCCGACAACGCAGGCCGCCCAACAGCAACAGCAGCAACAGCAACAGGCACAACAGCAGCAACAGCAGCAGCAGCAGCAGGCACAGCAGCAAUUGGGAGGACCGCAGCCCAUCUAUUGCCAUCAUCCGCACCAGCAUCCGCAUCCCCAUCCGCACCAGCAUCCGCACUCGCAUUCGGCCGCCGCCGUCGCCGCUGCAGUGCAGCAUCAGCACGCCAUCUACCAUCAACAGCAGGCCCAACAAUAUGGCACCUAUACGACAGCGGCCCACCAUGGACCGCACCAUUUGGGGCCGGGCCAGAGUCAGAUUUACCAGCAGAUCCCGGCCCACUUGGCGCCCCAACUGGCGGCCAAUGGCAAUCCGCACUCGAUAUACCAGCCGCUGGUUGCUGUCAGCCAGGGCUCCAUAUACGUAUCGAAUUUGGCCACGAUGCGGCGGCAGAAUAGCCAGGGCGGACCCCAAAUACCGGCCCACCAGCAUCCACCCAGCUUGCAUCAGCAGCAGCAACAGCAGCAGCCACCGCCGCCAUCGCAGCAGCAGCAGCAGUUGCACCAGCUCAAGUCGCCGCAGCAGCACCAACAGCAACUGCAGCAGCAGCACCAGCAGCAUCAGCAACAGCAACAUCACCAGCAGCAGCAGCAGCAGCAACAUCACCAGCAACAACAGCAAAACGAUUCGGAUGUCAUACCUAUUAGCACGACCAUGGAUGGCGCCAUUUAUGACCGGGACAAGCAGAUCUACAAGUGCUCCACUUUGCGGCAGGGCGGCAAGUUCGAUCCCAAGUACAAGCCAUCGAUACUCAAUUGCCCGCUGCCGGAGAUCCCCAAGGAUGCGGAGCAGCCCAAGGUGGAGUCCAUAUACGAGCAGCGCCAGCAGGCCCACCACCAAAACUACUCAAAGACUCUGCAGCGUCCGCCGAUGAAAUUGCCGCCGCAGAUGAAGGCGAUUCCACCGCCACGCAUUGGCACGCCCACCUCGCCGCCGCCGCCCGCCGCUCAGCCGCUGGGCGAGGCCAACGGUGGGGUGCCAUCUGGCCUCCAGAACGGUGGAGUGGGAGGAGGCGCCGGGGGCGGAGGAGCUGGAGGAUUGGGAGGAGGAAACGCCAACGAGGACACCUCGCUGCCACCGCCGCCAUUGGAGGCGCAAACGGAGGCGACAAAGGGUCGAAUGGGACCUGGACCGGCUGCCAAUGGCAAGGUCCUCCACAAUGGCGGUGGCGGUGGGGGCGUGGCCGGCGGGUCCGGCGGAGCGGUGGACGACGAUGAUGAUCUGCCACCGCCACCGCCAGCGAUAACCGACGAAAGCAACUAUGCGGUUACGGAGCUGUAAGAUCGAGGAUUGCUAAAUCUAAAAACCCGAAAAACAGAAAGGGCAGGCGAAACAAAACAGUAUAACAGGAAUUGGGCAGGACACUGGGGAUUGGGGACGUCUUCCUAGAACUCUUCGUGUAGGAUAUAUAUAUAUAUAUAUAUAUAUAUAUAUAUGUAUGUAUAUGUAUGUAUAUCAAAGGAAAGGGAAUGGGACUUGGGAGUGCUGGAGCGGCGAGUGUUCCUUCUUGAUUUGUUGCAUUUAACGUAGCGUAUCGUAUCGUAAUCGUAAUCGUAUCCUAGACCGAAAUCCUGCUUUUCGACUUUUGUACAUAGUAUACACUGAACUAUAUUCAUUCAAAGGAAAAGGGAUAUAAACACACAGACCUAGACACGCACAGACAGACAAACACACUCGGACACAUGUAACAUAUAUCAGCGAUCUAUUACUUAUAUAAAUAUAUAUAUAUGAAUAUAUCCAUUUAGGACACGGUUAUUCCUUUUUGAUAAUAGCAUAUUUUUACCAAUUUUAAACCGCUAAAUUGUCAAAGAAGAAACAAUUUUAUGGGGGCUAACUUAUUGUAUUAUACAACAUUAAUCUUUAAAAGUAUUUAUAUAAAUUGUAUGUCCUCUACAACCAAAAAAAAGUGAAGAAAAGUAACGACACUUGAAACGAAAGACCGACACAUGAACCUAAAAACCAACCACCAAAAAAAUUUAAAUCGAAUUCGGAUUGUAGGCCAUAAGUUCUAGAAUCGAACUGUAGUAGAAACAUUAGCAAAGAUUUUUUUAGGCACUUGUCGGGAGUCAAUUUUAAUAAGACAAGGGGAACUGAAUGGAUGGGCAAUGAGGCGUGGCAGGUUCUUAUAUGGUUUUAUAGUUUCGCUUAAAAUCGGGCGUUAAAUAUCAUAUAUUAUUAACUGAAAAACUUUAGAUUAUAGACAUAUUUUUCAUAUACAAAAAUUUUUUUUUUUUGGUUAACAAUCUUACGAAUUCUUAUGACAUUUCUUCAAUAGUAAUAUGCAUUUGUGAUAUUCUAAACUCUAGUCAUUCCAAUAUUAUUGAAGUUGCUCAAAACUCCAAAUUUUGAAGAGCAUUCACAUGCGUUCCUUUUUAUUUUCCCCACAUAUGGCGGUUUUAAGUAUUCAUUUACAAUAUUAAUUAUUAUUAAACAUUUUUAAUGGCCUAAGUUCCUUGACUGAUUGCAUUUAUACCUACUCCAAAAAUAAAUGUUUUACAAAAGCGAAUAUGAUGGUGGGGCAAAACCAUUGUUUUCGAAGGAUUCCUUAUUUUAUGUUAUAAGAAAAUCGAACCGAUAUGACCUCGAAUAUGCCAAACUUACAUUAGUUAAUGGACAAUUUUUGAAGCGCUCCAAAUACACGUACUGCUGUUGUUAGGACCUCAUGGAUCACAGCUUCCCGAGCCACAGCCAUUCAGAUGGAUCCCUCGUUCAAAGUGCUCGACUCUGUCCUGGGUCUGGGUUGUGCUGCGGACGAUCCUGGGAAAUGCAGGGUCGUCCGGGACUGGCGGGCUAAAUCGAUCAAGGAUUUGAGCCCGCGAUUUUAUUGUGUAUUUAACCUAAGCUUAACAUGGAAUGCAUUUAUUAAACCUUAACAUUAAUAAAGAUAUAUGUAGAUAUAUUUAGUGGGCUAACUGUAUAUUUACUAGCUAAACGAAAGUCAUAUAGCAAUAGCGUAACAACAAUAACCAAAUAGAUGAGAGAUUUAGGUUGGUUGGCUGUUUACCACCAGCUUCAAAUUCGACUUGGCAUGGAAACGAUAGCAAUAUGAAACAAACACAAAAUACUGCCCCCUCCCCCCAAUCAAAAAAAAAAAAAAUAAAAAACAAAAAAGGAAAAACAUAACACAACCGACAAUGAAGAAACCGAACUACAAAAGUUAUAUAGAUAUAUACACGCGAUAUAUACACAAAUAGAUAUUAUAAAGAAAAUAGUUAUAGACAAGAUACUAAAGCCUAUCGACAACUAUAUAUAGCAGCAACCCAAAAGCAAGAAUAAUCGAAGCAUUUUUAGACGGGAUUUCCGGAGGCCAACUUUUAAUGGAUGAGGCCAAUCAACUAAGCCGAACCCCGAACACUGCCCACACAGCGAAAGUUCUCAACAUUUACCAAUCUAGCCAUAAUAUACAAUUAACGAAACCCUAACUAUAGAGCGUACUCUUAUUGAAAUGAUCAAUUGUAAGAUAUUAGCAAUCGGGUACUCAAAUCGAAAUUAACUCAAUCGUAAACACAAGCGACAUUUUUAAAGUAAAUAUGUAAAGAUGAUGUAAAGAAAAAAGGAACAAACUAAUCAAGUUUUUUAUUCGCUUAUUAUACAAUUACCAGUUAUAUAAAAAACAUACACAAUAAGAACGAAUAAACCUUCUCAAGCGGUCAUAGAAAAAAUAGAACAUCAAAACUGAAUUGAAUCCUUUAAGGAUCCACAAAAUCCCCAUAAACAGUACCCAAAACCGCUUUGGUAACCCACGAAUGAAACCCCUUGAGAAGCAGAGUUUUCGUAAUGGAAGUUUCGAGCCUAGAUCGAAACUCGAUUUACACGUACAUAUAAAUAUAACACAAUUAGUUCGUAAAUAUAUUUCUGUGUUAAAUGUUGUCUUCGUACGCGUUGUAGUUAUUAUAAAAGAAAAUCACUAAAAAAAAAACAAAACCAAAAGCAGCCGAACUCAAAAAACACAAAAGCUGAGAAAUGGGCAGAACGAGAUUGAAAACAAAAUUUGCUAAUUUUUCGAUAGCUCAACGGCAGCAGCAAUAAGCAAGAUAAGAUCGAGUUGUACAACAUAUAUAUAUAUAUAAAUAUAUAGUAUGCAUAGUUAAAGAAAAUGUAAAGAAGAGAGACAUAAAUCGAAGCGCUUAGUGGCAUAUUAAUAAACGAGUAAAAUUAUAAAAUGAACGACAAAAAGUAAAUAAUAAUAAAGCGUAAAAACAGUUUACAGAAUCUUGUAAGAAGUACGAAA